AUGGAGGGCCUCACGCCCUACUUCGACACCCACACCCACCUCGACCAAAUCCUUCCUCGCUUCAAGGUGGAGCUGGAGGGCUUCCCCGCCUUCCGUGGCGAGUACUUCAGGAACGGAUUCGGCGGCUGCGUGACGGUGAGCGCCGACGUCGGCUCCAUCGAGCCCGUGCGGCAGCUGCUCCACUUCGACGACGUCUACGCCGCCUUCGGCAUUCACCCUCACGUGACGUACACCGACGAAGUGGAGCGGGAGCUGGUGGAGGCGAUGGCUCUGCCCAAGACGCUGGCCUGGGGCGAGAUCGGGCUCGACUACCACUACAACCUGUCCGAUCCCGCCACGCAGCGACAAGUGUUCGCGCGCCAGAUACAGCUGGCCGUCCAACACAACAAACCUCUCGUCAUCCACACCCGAGAGGCCGAAGAGGACACCUUAAAGAUAAUGAAGGAGCACGUGCCGAAGGAGUGGCGGGUGCAUGUCCACUGCUUCACGUCCUCCUUGGACAUGGCCAAGUCGCUGCUCGACGAGUGGCCCAACCUCUUCAUCGGCUACACCGGGGUGAUCACGUUUGGCGCCAGCGACCUGAGCGAGGUGGUACGACAUGUGCCGCUCGAGCGCAUCCUCCUCGAGACAGACGGACCCUACAUGACCCCAGCCCCCUAUCGGGGCAAGGUGUGCCACUCGGGCCAUGUGCCGUUCAUUGCGAAGAAGGUGGGCGAGCUCAAGGGCAUGCCGCUCGCGCAGGUGCUCCAAGCCGCGCGCGACAACACCCGACGCAUGUACGGCGUGUAA